AUGGGAUCCAUAUUGUCUCCAACUUAUGGAGAAUUGUCCAGACACGUUAAAAAUGGUUCCAAUAGCCCUGAUGGAAAAGGAGUCUGUCUGCAACUGAAAGAGAAUUGCAAGCCAUUUUUGGAUAAAAAACGAUUGGAGGAUGGACCAUCAAAAGAAAAAGUGGAACCGAAUGAGGUGAUAAAAAUAAGAGUCCCUGAUAUAAUAAAAAUAACGUUAUUGGGAGUAAUUGUUAUGGGGAUGUUGUAA